AUGGCAUUUGUUUCAGCACAAGGGCCUACGGUGGUGGACCAAACCACUUUGAUGAAAAAAUACCUUCAGUUUGUCGCUGCUCUUACAGAUGUCAAUACACCUGAUGAAACCAAAUUGAAAAUGAUGCAAGAAGUCAGUGAGAAUUUUGAGAAUGUGACAUCAUCUCCUCAAUAUUCUACAUUCCUGGAACACAUCAUCCCUAGGUUUCUUACCUUCCUACAGGAUGGAGAAGUUCAGUUUCUGCAGGAGAAGCCAGCACAGCAACUCCGAAAGCUAGUGCUUGAAAUAAUUCACAGAAUACCAACAAAUGAGCAUCUUCGUCUUCAUACCAAAAAUAUUCUGUCUGUGAUGUUUAGAUUUCUAGAGACGGAGAAUGAAGAAAAUGUACUGAUUUGCUUAAGAAUAAUUAUUGAAUUGCACAAGCAGUUUCGACCAGCAAUCACUCAAGAAAUCCAUCAUUUUUUGGACUUUGUGAAACAGAUUUACAAGGAACUUCCAAAAGUAGUGAAUCGGUAUUUUGAGAAUCCUCAGGUGAUUCCAGAGAACACCGUUCCUACUCCCGAAAUGGUUGGCAUGAUUACAACGAUUGUGGUGAAAGUAAACCCUGAGCGAGAAGAUAGUGAAACGAGAACCCAUUCUAUAAUUCCCAGAGGAUCUUUAUCUCUAAAGGUCUUGGCUGAGCUACCUAUUAUUGUUGUUCUUAUGUAUCAGCUCUACAAAUUGAACAUUCAUAAUGUAGUAGCUGAAUUUGUGCCCUUGAUAAUGAACACUAUUAUAAUACAGGUUUCUGCUCAAGCAAGGCAACAUAAACUUUAUAACAAGGAAUUGUAUGCCGAUUUUAUUGCUGCUCAAAUUAAAACAUUGUCUUUUCUGGCUUACAUCAUAAGAAUUUACCAGGAAUUGGUGGCUAAAUAUUCUCAGCAAAUGGUAAAAGGAAUGUUGCAGUUGCUCUCCAAUUGUCCAGCUGAAACUGCACACCUCCGGAAGGAGCUUCUGAUUGCUGCUAAGCACAUCUUGACAACAGACUUGAGGAGCCAAUUUAUUCCAUGUAUGGACAAGCUCUUUGAUGAAUCUAUACUUAUUGGCUCUGGAUACACUGCCCGAGAGACACUGAGACCUCUUGCAUACAGUACACUGGCAGACCUGGUACAUCAUGUCCGUCAGCAUUUACCACUCAAUGAUCUCUCCCUUGCUGUCCAGUUAUUUGCCAAGAACAUUGAUGAUGAGUCGUUGCCUAGCAGUAUCCAGACCAUGUCUUGCAAGCUUCUGCUAAAUUUGGUAGACUGUAUCCGGUCUAAAAGUGAACAGGAAAAUGGAAAUGGUAGAGAUAUUCUUAUGAGAAUGCUGGAGGUUUUUGUUCUGAAAUUUCACACUAUAGCACGAUACCAACUGUCUGUAAUCUUUAAGAAAUGCAAGCCACAGUCUGAACUUGGGGCUGCUGAAGCCGUGUUGCCUGGAGUACCAACAGCAGCAAAUGCAGCUCCUGUUCCUGUUCCAUCUCCUGCUCCAGCCACUCCAGUGGCCCCUGCACCAGUACCUGUGUUUGAAAAACAAGGGGAGAAAGAAAAAGAAGAUAAACAGACAUUUCAGGUCACAGAUUGUCGAAGCUUAGUGAAGACUUUGGUCUGUGGUGUCAAGACAAUCACGUGGGGCAUAACAUCAUGCAAAGCUCCUGGUGAAGCACAAUUCAUUCCCAAUAAGCAGUUGCAACCUAAGGAGACUCAAAUCUAUAUAAAACUGGUAAAAUAUGCAAUGCAAGCUUUAGAUAUUUAUCAGGUCCAAAUAGCAGGAAAUGGACAGACUUAUGUUCGAGUAGCAAAUUGUCAGACAGUCAGAAUGAAAGAGGAAAAGGAAGUUCUGGAGCAUUUUGCUGGUGUGUUCACAAUGAUGAACCCUUUAACUUUUAAAGAAAUCUUUCAAACUACCGUUCCUUAUAUGGUGGAGCGAAUCUCAAAAAACUAUGCUCUUCAGAUUGUUGCCAAUUCCUUCUUGGCAAACCCUACUACCUCUGCCCUCUUUGCAACGAUUUUGGUAGAGUAUCUUCUGGAUCGGCUGCCAGAAAUGGGCUCUAAUGUGGAACUCUCCAAUCUGUAUCUCAAGCUGUUCAAGUUAGUCUUUGGCUCAGUUUCGCUAUUUGCAGCUGAAAAUGAACAAAUGCUGAAGCCACAUUUGCACAAGAUUGUGAACAGCUCUAUGGAACUUGCACAGACUGCCAAAGAGCCCUAUAACUAUUUCCUGCUACUCAGAGCGCUGUUCAGAUCUAUUGGAGGAGGCAGUCAUGAUCUGUUGUAUCAAGAAUUCUUGCCGCUCUUACCAAACUUACUGCAAGGACUUAAUAUGUUGCAAAGUGGCCUUCAUAAACAACACAUGAAAGACUUGUUUGUAGAGCUCUGCCUCACUGUGCCGGUUCGUUUGAGCUCAUUGCUGCCUUACCUGCCAAUGUUGAUGGAUCCCUUGGUGUCGGCUCUCAAUGGAUCUCAGACCCUGGUUAGCCAAGGCUUGAGAACUCUUGAAUUGUGUGUGGAUAACUUGCAGCCAGACUUUCUGUAUGAUCACAUUCAGCCAGUUCGAGCAGAGCUAAUGCAGGCUUUAUGGCGUACGCUGCGCAAUCCUGCAGACAGCAUUUCUCAUGUGGCUUAUCGUGUACUUGGUAAAUUUGGUGGAAGUAACAGGAAGAUGUUAAAGGAAUCACAGAAACUACAGUAUGUAGUCACAGAAAUCCAAGGACCCAGUAUUACAAUUGAAUUUUCAGACUGUAAAGCAUCCAUUCAGCUCCCAAUGGAAAAGGCAAUUGAGACUGCUCUGGACUGUCUGAAGAGUGCUAAUACAGAACCGUAUUAUCGUAGGCAAGCGUGGGAAGUAAUCAAGUGUUUUUUGGUAGCUAUGAUGAGCCUGGAUGAUAACAAACAUGCAUUAUACCAGCUUCUUGCACAUCCCAACUUUACUGAGAAGUCCAUACCCAGUGUGAUUAUUUCGCAUCGAUACAAAGCUCAGGAUACUCCAGCUCGUAAAACAUUUGAACAGGCACUGACAGGGGCGUUCAUGUCAGCAGUCAUCAAAGAUCUGAGGCCCAGUGCUCUGCCUUUUGUAGCCAGCUUAAUCCGCCAUUACACAAUGGUGGCAGUUGCUCAGCAGUGUGGUCCUUUUUUGCUGCAGUGCUAUCAGGUUGGAAGCCAGCCUAGCACAGCCAUGUUUCAUAGUGAAGAAAAUGGGUCAAAAGGCAUGGAUCCCUUGGUACUUAUUGAUGCCAUAGCAAUCUGCAUGGCAUAUGAGGAGAAGGAACUCUGCAAAAUAGGAGAAGUGGCUCUAGCAGUGAUAUUCGAUGUUGCAAGCAUUAUCUUGGGUUCAAAGGAAAGGGCUUGUCAGCUUCCCUUGUUUUCAUACAUUGUGGAACGUUUAUGUGCUUGCUGUUACGAACAAGCUUGGUAUGCUAAACUAGGAGGUGUUGUGUCAAUUAAAUUUCUUAUGGAACGACUGCCACUAAUUUGGGUCCUCCAGAACCAGCAGACUUUCCUGAAGGCACUUCUGUUUGUUAUGAUGGAUCUAACUGGAGAGGUUUCCAAUGGAGCAGUUGCUAUGGCAAAGACCACAUUAGAACAGCUUUUAAUUAGAUGUGCAACUCCUUUAAAAGAUGAAGAAAAAACAGAAGAAAUCCUAGCAGCACAGGAAAAGUCUUUUCAUCAUGUCACACAUGACCUCGUUCGAGAAGUAACCUCUCCAAACUCCACUGUGAGAAAACAAGCCAUGCAUUCGUUGCAGGUACUUGCACAGGUCACUGGAAAAAGUGUCACAGUGAUUAUGGAGCCACAUAAAGAGGUUCUCCAAGACAUGGUUCCUCCUAAAAAGCAUUUGCUUAGGCAUCAACCUGCAAAUGCCCAGAUUGGCCUGAUGGAGGGAAAUACAUUUUGCACAACCCUGCAACCCCGAUUGUUUACCAUGGAUCUAAACGUUGUGGAACACAAGGUUUUCUACACAGAGUUACUGAAUUUGUGUGAGGCUGAAGAUGCUGCUUUAAUGAAACUACCUUGUUACAAAAGUCUUCCAUCACUUGUACCGCUUCGGAUUGCAGCCCUAAAUGCUCUAGCUGCCUGCAAUUAUUUGCCUCAGUCAAGAGAGAAAAUCAUUGCUGCACUUUUCAAAGCACUUAAUUCAACAAAUAAUGAACUGCAGGAGGCAGGAGAAGCAUGCAUGAGAAAGUUCUUGGAAGGAGCUACCAUAGAAGUUGAUCAAAUUCAUACACACAUGAGACCAUUACUUAUGAUGUUGGGAGACUAUCGAAGUCUGACACUGAAUGUUGUGAAUCGUCUGACAUCAGUCACUAGGCUUUUCCCGAACUCUUUUAAUGAUAAAUUCUGUGAUCAGAUGAUGCAACACCUGCGUAAAUGGAUGGAAGUUGUAGUUAUUACACACAAAGGUGGACAACGGAGUGAUGGAAAUCCUGCUGUAGAAGGGUUAGAGUUGAGAAACUCAGAAAUGAAGAUUUGUUCAGCAAUUAUAAAUUUAUUCCAUCUGAUCCCCGCUGCCCCUCAGACUUUAGUUAAACCUCUGCUGGAAGUUGUUAUGAAAACAGAACGAGCAAUGUUAAUUGAGGCUGGCAGUCCGUUCAGGGAACCACUCAUCAAAUUUUUGACACGUCAUCCAUCCCAGACUGUGGAGCUGUUCAUGAUGGAAGCCACUUUAAAUGAUCCACAGUGGAGCAGAAUGUUUAUGAGUUUCUUAAAACAUAAAGAUGCCAAACCUCUACGAGAUGUACUGGCAGCAAAUCCUAACCGAUUUAUCACUCUACUGUUACCUGUUGGUACCCAAGCAGCUGUUAGACCUGGUUCUCCAAGCACUACCACAAUGCGUCUUGAUCUACAGUUUCAGGCUAUCAAGAUCAUAAGCAUUAUUGUUAAGAAUGAUGAAUGUUGGUUAGCAAAUCAGCAUUCCUUGGUGAAUCAGCUGAAACGUGUGUGGGUGAGUGAAGCUUUUCAGGAGAGACAUCGUAAGGAGAAUAUGGCUGCGACAAAUUGGAAAGAACCGAAGCUGUUAGCAUAUUGCUUGUUGAAUUACUGCAAAAGGAAUUAUGGUGAUAUAGAGUUGCUCUUCCAGUUGCUUCGAGCUUUUACGGGUCGAUUUCUCUGCAAUAUGACUUUCUUAAAGGAAUACAUGGAAGAAGAGAUCCCCAAAAAUUACAGUAUUCCCCAAAAACGGGCUUUGUUCUUCCGAUUUGUAGACUUCAAUGACCCAAACUUUGGAGAUGAGCUCAAAGCCAAGGUGCUGCAGCACAUCCUGAAUCCUGCUUUCUUAUACAGUUUUGAAAAGGGAGAAGGUGAACAGCUGUUGGGACCCCCAAACCCAGAAGGAGAUAAUCCAGAGAGCAUCACUAGUGUUUUUAUAACAAAGGUACUUGAUCCAGAAAAACAGGCUGAUAUGCUGGAUUCUCUCAGGAUAUAUCUCCUGCAGUUUGCCACGCUUCUGGUUGAGCAUGCUCCACACCACAUUCAUGACAAUAACAAAAACCGGAACAGCAAACUGCGACGCCUAAUGACGUUUGCUUGGCCUUGCCUCUUGUCCAAGGCAUGUGUGGACCCAGCGUGCAAAUACAGUGGACAUCUGCUUUUGGCACACAUCAUUGCAAAAUUUGCCAUACAUAAGAAGAUAGUUCUGCAGGUCUUUCACAGUCUUCUAAAAGCUCAUGCGAUGGAGGCCCGAGCUAUUGUGAGGCAAGCAAUGGCUAUUCUGACUCCAGCUGUGCCUGCUCGAAUGGAGGAUGGGCAUCAGAUGUUAACUCACUGGACACGAAAGAUCAUUGUGGAAGAGGGUCAUACAGUUCCCCAGCUAGUACAUAUUUUACACUUGAUAGUACAACAUUUCAAGGUUUAUUAUCCAGUGAGACAUCACUUGGUUCAGCAUAUGGUUAGUGCCAUGCAGAGACUGGGCUUCACUCCCAGUGUUACAAUAGAGCAAAGAAAAUUAGCUGUGGAUCUUGCUGAAGUAGUUAUUAAAUGGGAAUUGCAAAGAAUUAAAGACCAGCAGCCAGAUUCAGAUAUGGAUUCAAGUGCAGGUGGAGAUGGACCAAGUUCUGCCUCAUCUGCUGUUAAAAGAGGAUUGUCUGUGGAUUCUGGCCAAGAAGUAAAACGAUUCAGGACCGCUACAGGAGCAAUAAGUGCUGUAUUUGGACGUAGCCAGUCCUUGCCAGGAGCUGAUGCACUGCUUUCCAAGCCAAUUGACAAGCAGCAUACAGAUACAGUUGUGAAUUUCUUGAUUAGAAUUGCUUGCCAGGUAAAUGACAACUCAAACACUGCUGGAUCUCCUGGGGAAUUGCUGUCUCGCCGCUGUGUCAACCUUCUGAAGACAGCUUUACGACCAGAUAUGUGGCCAAAAUCAGAGCUGAAGUUGCAGUGGUUUGAUAAGCUGCUAAUGACUGUGGAACAACCCAAUCAGGCCAACUUUGCCAACAUUUGCACUGGCUUAGAGGUCUUAAGCUUCCUGUUAACUGUACUGCAGCCCCCUGCUAUCCUUAGCAGCUUCAAGCCCCUGCAACGAGGUGUAGCAGCUUGUAUGACUUGUGGAAACACCAAGGUUUUGAGAGCAGUCCACAGUUUGCUUUCUCGCCUGAUGGGUAUUUUCCCAACGGAACCAAGUACCUCAAGUGUAGCUUCAAAGUAUGAAGAGCUGGAGUGCCUUUAUGCUGCAGUUGGGAAGGUUAUUUAUGAAGGACUUACUAAUUAUGAAAAAGCCACUAAUGCUAACCCUUCUCAGCUCUUUG